AUGGGUGUGCCAGCAUUGUUCCGGUGGUUAUCCCGGAAGUACCCGAAGAUCAUCUCGCCAGUCAUUGAAGAAGAUGUUGGUGAUGCUGAGUUCGGCCAUGCGGAUGGAGCUAAGUACCAAGACCCUAACCCCAACGGUGAAUUAGACAAUUUAUAUUUGGAUAUGAACGGGAUUGUUCAUCCAUGUUCCCAUCCCGAACAUAAGCCUGCCCCAGAGACUGAGGAUGAGAUGUUUCUCGACAUCUUUACCUAUACAGAUCGGGUGUUGAUGAUGGCUAGACCGAGAAAGGUGUUGAUGAUCGCUGUUGAUGGAGUAGCCCCUCGAGCCAAAAUGAACCAACAGAGAGCUAGAAGAUUCAGAUCGGCCCAAGAUGCUAAGCUUGCACAUGAGGAGAAACAACGUCAAAUCAAAGAGAAGGAACUCCGAGGUGAAAUGAUCGAUAAUGCCAUUAAGGGGAAGAAACUGUGGGAUUCUAAUGCUAUCACUCCUGGUACUCCAUUCAUGGAUAAUCUUGCACUUGCUUUGAGAUACUGGGUUGCUUAUAAAUUGGUUUCUGAUCCUGGUUGGAGUGAUUUGCAAGUGAUUAUUAGUGAUGCCACAGUUCCAGGGGAAGGUGAACACAAAUUAAUGAGUUUUAUACGGUCUCAAAGACUGGAUCCUUCCUAUAAUCCUAAUACUCGACACGCUAUCUAUGGGUUGGAUGCUGAUUUGAUUUUUUUGGGUCUUGCUACUCAUGAACCUCAUUUCAGAGUGUUAAGAGAAGAUGUUUUCGCUAACCAAUCAAGACAAUUACGAGUUAGUGACCAUUUACUGAUGAGUGAAGACCAGAAACAGUUGCUACGGGCUCAAGAUGCUAAGAAACCUUUCCUCUGGUUGCAUGUGAAUGUUUUAAGAGAAUACUUACAAGUUGAACUCUUUAAUCCUCAAUUACCAUUCAAAUUUGAUUUGGAAAGAGCCAUAGAUGACUGGGUUUUCAUGUGUUUCUUUGUAGGGAACGAUUUCUUACCUCAUUUGCCAAGUUUGGACGUCAGAGACAAUGGGAUUGAUAUUCUUGUGAACUGCUGGAAGAGAGUUUUACCUCGGUUGAAGGACUACAUUACUUGUGACGGGAAUCUUAACAUAGAAAGUGUGGAAAAGCUUUUAGGUGCCUUGGCUUACAAGGAAGACGAGAUCUUCAAGAGAAGGCAUGACAAUGAAAAAAGAAAGGAAGAGAACGAUAAGAGAAGGAAAGUCAUGCAAGAAGAAGAUAAGGCGUUAAAAGCCCAAUAUAUGUCCACUGUUUCAAAAGGUAAAGAGAAAGCACCCUUAGCACCAGUGGCUACUAUGCCUUUAAUGGAUACUAGUGGGAAAGUUGUUGAUGGUUAUGCCAAUCUUACCAAUAAGGACAUUGUUAACAACUUAGGAACCAUCACUAAAGCCCAUAUGUCUAAUGCCGAGGCAGCUGCUGCGUUGAAGAAGCUUAUUGAUUCCAAGAAGAAUAUCAGUGCCGUUGCUGCUGUUAAGGAAGCAUCCGAAUCUGUUACGGAGUCAACUGAAGUUAGUGAGUCUGAUAAUAAUACUCUGACCAAUGACACUUCCCUGACCAAUGACAAGAAAAGACCAAUAGGUGAAGUUCAAGAAGGUGAAGAGACAGAACCCAACGGCGAUGUGGUGAAAAUGUGGGAACCUGGUUACCACAAGAGAUACUAUGAAUCCAAGUUCCAUGUUUCCGGAGAUGAAGCCGUCAACGAAGUGAAGAAAGGUCUAGUAAGAUCAUAUUUAGAAGGUAUUUCUUGGGUAUUGUUAUAUUAUUAUCAAGGAUGUCCUUCAUGGCAAUGGUAUUACCCAUACCAUUAUGCACCCUUUGCAGCCGAUUUUGUUGAUCUUCACGAGAUUGUUGGAGACGAAGGGAUCCAGUUCAAAUUGGGACAGCCCUUUAGACCAUACGAACAAUUGAUGUCAGUUUUACCUGCUGCUUCUGGUCACACGUUACCUGAAGUAUUCCGAGAAUUAAUGUCCCAUCCAGAAAGUGAAAUCAUUGAUUUUUAUCCUGAAGACUUUGAGAUUGAUAUGAAUGGGAAAAAGAUGAGUUGGCAGGGGAUUGCAUUAUUACCAUUCAUUGAUGAGAAGCGAUUAUUAGAAGCCGUACAGAAAAAGUAUGAGCUUUUAACAGAGGAAGAAAUGGAUAGAAAUACCAAUAAAGAAGCGGAAUUGAUUGUUUCAAAAGCCAAUAAGAAUUAUAAAAAGUUCCUAGAGCUUUAUACCGAAGCUGAAGAGGAUUCUGCUACUCCUACGGUUGUCAAAUUCAAGUUUUUAAGGAGUGGAUUGGCUGGAAGUGCCAUGAAGAUUGCAAAGUUCCAUAUUGCUGGUUUAUUAUCAUCUCCUUUGGACAUGGGCAAUCUUCCAACGUUAAGAAACGAUCAAUAUAUGAGAGUCACUUAUUUGCAACCUGCUAAGACCAGAGGGAAGUCUAUGCUUCUUAAUGGCUAUAUCCCACAUGUCAAGGCAUUAACUCAACAAGAUAUUGAUACUAUUACUUACUCUAAUAAUGGUCGAGGGAACAAUUACAAUAGAUUCAGAACCCCCAAUGAUAAUAGAGAUUAUGUUAAUAAUGGUCCUUCGGGUACAGAGUCUUAUCUCCAAUACCAAAUGAGAAGAGGAGGCUAUAGAGCGUUUGUGGAAGGAAUGUUAAGUGGAAAUAGCAAUAAUUAUAAUAACAAUUAUAAUAACAAUUACAAUAAUAAUUAUAAUAACAAUAAUUAUGGUCAAAGACAGGGAAGAGGUUAUAAUAAUAGGAACCAAAACUAUGGUCAAAACAAUCAGAACUACAACCAGAGUCACAACAACCAAAACCAGAAUUAUGGUCAGAAUUAUGGUCAGAAUUAUAACCAGAAUUAUGGUCAGAAUUAUAACCAGAAUUAUGGUCAGAAUUAUAACCAAAGUUAUAACCAGAAUUAUGGUCAAAAUUAUAACCACAAUCAAAAUUACAACCAAAACUAUAAUCAGAAUCAGAACUACAACCAGAACUACAAUCAGAAUCAGAACUAUAAUCAGAACCAGAACUACAAUCAGAACCAGAACUACAAUCAGAACCAGAACUACGGUCAAAACUACGGUCAGAAUCAAAACUACGGUCAGAAUCAAAACUACGGCCAAAAUUAUAACCAAUCGGGUCAUAAUUCCGGUUAUUAUAGAAGAUAG